UUAUAUAAACUAAUUUAACCAAAUAAUAUCUUGAGUAGGAGGACGUCAAAGAAAAAUUGAUUCGUGGCGAAAUUACAGCUCAGGGUCGAGAUGACAUCUUGACUCAAGCAUUAGGGACACCAGAACACCCAGGUCGUGUUCGAGCUGGCGGGUUCACUACGACCGUUUCCAAAAUGUUUGGAAAAAAACAUAAAACAAUGACUGCAAGAGAGGAGAUUGCUCGACUAAAAGCUGAGAUUGAAGAGCUAAAAAGACAUAAAUUUAGCACAGAAGAGGAAUUAGCUCAAAAUGAAGAAUAUAAUGAGGAAAACGAUGAGUGUGGAUACUACGAUGAAGGGCAAUUUGACGAGGGACAAUAUUAUGAGAAUACAAGUGAUGAAGUCUAUCAACCUGCCCCCAACGUAGAUGAUCAUUUUCAUCAAACCGAAGACUAUCCUUUUGAUGAAGAUGAUGGAUCAUCAAUUUAUGAGUCUCCGCCACCACCGAGCUAUGAAGUUUAUUUGUGUUCUGAUAAUAUUGACAAUGUGGUGGCUAAGGGUGUACUCAUUGUACCAAACAUGGGUAGCCAAAUUACCGUCCAUGGAAAUGUACUUGAUGAUUCAGUUGCGAGGGUUUGGCUUAUAGAUGUCUUACAAGAAGAAGCUGAGAUCCCUAUUCCCUUUGGUAACGUACGAUAUGUUGGGGACGCACGAGACACAUUCCUGCCUUGGCCUAAAAAUUUAAUUGUCACUUGUCAGGUAUAA